UGUUUGCACCGGAUUAUCAAACUCGGCGGAAGCCAGUACCAUUCGGUCAUCUCGGGAGAGAGGUUGACUCUUUUAAUAAGGCAACGAAUUGGUAUAAAGAACUUGGGGCUGGCCAUCGCUGCCUUCAGUUCAGUAGAACCUGUCUCACGAGUUGGACCGAAGAAUACAUGAAAUCAUUCAGUAAAUGUUGUUAUUUGAGGUUGUUUACUAAGUGACGACUUGUUAGUAAUUAUAAUUAGUGUCGCGUGUGGAAGCUGUGAGGUCCGCCUCGGGGUGACCUGGCGAUAGUUUUGUUGACAGUUUGGACGAAGGCGUGCAAUGAUUCAACUGCUGCUUAGUGCAAUCAGGAAGAAGCGACAGUAUGUGGCUGCACUGAUAGCGAAUCUCGCAAUUGCUUGCAUGGGUGCCAGCAUGGCGUGGACAUCACCGAUGGAGUCCAAGCUGAAGGAUAUGGAUGAGUCACCCCUGCCAGAGGCUCCUACGGCAAGUGAACUAUCAUGGAUUGGCUCUAUAUUGACACUGGGAUCACUACUUGGUCCAGCUUUCGCCGGCUUUGUAGCUCAUCGCUUCGGGCGAAAGCUUGCCCUGCUGAUCAGCGCCGUAUUUUUCCUGGCCGCGUAUGUCCUUUUUCUUACGACUCAAUCCGUGGCGCAGAUUUUGGUUGGUCGAUUCCUGCAGGGAUGUGGAAUCGGUUUCGCGAUCACAAUUACUCCGCUGUACGUGGGCGAGAUCGCUACCGUAGAGCGGCGAGGAGCUCUUGGCUCUCUAGUGCAGACCUUUAUCACACUGGGACUGCUUCUGGACUACGCAAUUGGGCCUUACGUCAGCUACGGUGCCUUCCAGUGGAUCCAAAUGGCACUGCCUUUGUUGUUUGUAGCUGGCUUUGUCCAAAUGCCAGAGACGCCUCAUUUUUACGUGUCCAAGGGAGAUUACGGGGCAGCGGCUCGAUCGUUGGCGUACAUCCGAGGAGAACCAAUUUCCGAGUUGCAAGCUGAGUUUAACUCAAUUCAAUUUUCGGUCGAAGAAUCGCUGCGUAACCGGGGAACAAUAAAAGAUCUGUUUAUAGAUCAUGCCAACUUCAGGGCAUUGAUCAUCUGCACCGGAGUGGUUGUGUUCCAGCAGUUCUCUGGCAUCAACCCGGUGCAGUUUUUUGCUCAGACAAUAUUUGACCGCACGGGUACCGAUAUACCGGCAGAUCUCUCUGCUAUUGUGUUGGGUAUCUUCCAGGUAAUUUCCAGUAUUGUGACGGCAGUGAUCGUAGACAGGGUAGGUCGACGACCUACGCUCCUCACCUCGGCCUUGGGAAUGUGCUGCUCGUUGACCGCCCUCGGGACGUACUUCUACCUAGACAACCAGAGCUCAGAAGUGGCAAGUACGCUCACCUUCCUACCCGUAGCUUCGCUCGUACUCUUCGUCAUCAUGUUCUGCACCGGAUUUGGGCCCAUUGCUUGGGUUCUUCUAGGAGAGAUGUUUGCACCCAGCAUUAAGUCACUAGCGUCCUCAGUCGUGUCUUCAAUCUGCUGGCUGACAUCCUUCUUCAUCCUGUUUUAUUUCACAUCACUGGACGACGCCCUCGGAUCCCAUUGGUUGUUCUGGAUCUUUGCGGUGUGUUGCGCGAUGGCGUUUGUGUUCACGUACGUCUUCGUGGUGGAAACCAAGGGCUUGAGUUUGCCGGAAAUUCAGGCCCGUUUAAAUGAGAGUGCUCCAGUGAUGGCGUCAGCUAGUGACAAAUGUUGAGCGGGUUAAGUUUUAUGGUUCUGUUGUGGUCCUCGAAGGACUACCUUGGCAAUAAGUGGCUAAUUGAUGGCUUUUGCCUCAUUUGUAGUGAAGUAAGGUGGGAAAUUCAAGAUGCCAAAGGCUUUUGAAGUGUUUGAAGUGGUAGCGGCUUCUUCAAAAGAAUCUAUGAUUGCACAGAUAAGUAGAAUCAUCCAGUGAAAGUAUUACUUAAACCAUGUGUUGUAAAAUAAAUGUUCUCAAUUGACGAA